ACACACCAACUAAUUGGGAGAGCAAAAUCUAUACAAAAUGGAGUCAUAUCAAAGGGUUGCAGUUGUGUCUCUAUUGUUGGUUGCCAUAGCCAGCAAUGGGGUGAUUCUGGAGCUGUGCAAUGCCCAGUCCAUUUGCAACAUGUCCACUGAGGGCCUGAUGUCUUGCAAGCCGUCGGUGACGCCUCCGAAGCCAACAGCGCCCACGGCCGCCUGCUGCACGGCGCUCUCGCAUGCUGACCUCCCUUGCCUUUGCUCCUACAAGAAGUCCAACAUGCUGCCUGCCCUCGGAAUUGAUCCAAACCUUGCCAUGCAGCUCCCAGACAAGUGCAAGCUCCCUCAUCCAGCCAAGUGCUAGACUGUGUCAAUCAACAAAACUAGUAUGCCUUGUCCGUGUAAUUAAUAAUGCUGAAGUACUUCUCAUGCUUCUUUCCAGCAUUUGAUGUUCUUUGCUCUGUAUUUUGCAUUAUGUUGUUUGUGAGUUCUCAUUUAUAUGUCAAGCAUAUAUAUAUGGUGUUUGUGUUGACAGUGAUAUGAAUUUCUCUAUUUUUGGUUA